AUGAAGUUUAUUAUAACUUCUUCUAAUAUUAAAAACCAACUUGAAACAACAAAAAAAUCUAUUGAAUCUUUGAAGCAUCGGCUUGAUAUUUAUAAACACAAUCAGAGUGAAUUUAUAACCUCUAUACAACGUAUUAGUAAUGAACAUGGAAUUAAAAUACAACAUAUCGAAGAUACUUUAAUGUCUACUACUACUAUGUUAGAAAAUUUUUCAACAUCAACAUCAGCAGUUCAAACUACUAUGCGUUAUUUUAAUGGAUUUGAAGAUCUUGAAGAUUCGAAUCUCAAACACUUAAUACUAAAUAUGUAUAUGACUUUGAACUUGGCUCUAAGAAUCGAAAAAACAAAAAAAUUACUCAAAAUUAUAUUGGACUUUUUAUUAAAGAAUUUGAUACCCAAAACAAAUGAGAAGUGGAAUGAAGCUACAAUUACUGAAAUUGCUGAGGCCUAUUUUAAAACUUUAAAAAAAGAGCGAAAUACUACUCCAGCUGCAAAGCUUUUGAAUGAUCAAUGUGCACGACGUCAUAAACGACAUGAUACAAAAUCAUCUAGUCGUUUAGCUAUUUUGAACAAAAUUCCCGAAGAUCAGUUAAACUAUCCUAAAGGUGAAAUUGAAAAAUUAUUUUCCUUUGAAGCAACAUCUCCAGAGGUAUCCGAUAUUGAAGAGGCAUCAACAUUGGAUGAACAAGGCCAUGUACCUGAAGCAUUAAGAAAGAAAUUAUUAGUGCCGGUUCUUCCUUGGAUAAGUGAUGAGGGAAAUCGUUGUCAUUCAUACACUUCUCCUAUGCCAUGUGAGAUUGUUGAAAUGGAUGAUCAACGAUGGGCUAAGAUGCGAUCAUUAAUUCCUGCAAAGCCAAAAGACCUUCCAAUUUGGGCAUGGGAUCAAGUUAAUGAAUAUGAGUAUUAUGAACAACUUGAUGAUGAUUAUGAAGAAUAA